CUUUUUCCAAGCGAAUUACAGAGAAAGUCGAGAGUGAAAAGAGGGGUUCCAUGGGACAGUGGAGAAGCAUAGUGAAGGAGGCAAUGGAUCGCACAGCCAUUAUAGCCAAGUUUCUCUGCUUGCUUCACGUUACCAACAACUAUCUUUGUUCUCCCACUCUCGUGUAUGGCCCCAGCAUGCUCCCAACCUUGAAUCUGACCGGCGACGUUCUUUUGGCCGAGCACGUGUCGCACCGAGUGGGCAGGGUUGGCCCGGGCGACGUUGUGCUGGUUCGCUCUCCUCUGAACCCGAGGAAGACGUUGACGAAGCGCAUUGUGGGCGUCGAGGGUGAUAAGGUCAAUUUUUUUCCGGACCCUGCCAAUUCCGAUCGAUAUCAGUCGGCUGUGGUUCCGAAAGGGCAUGUAUGGAUUCAAGGAGAUAAUGUGUAUGCUUCUAGUGAUUCGCGGCAUUUUGGGCCUGUACCUUAUGGUCUGAUUGAAGGGAAAGUGUUUUUGAGAGUCUGGCCACCAGAUUGUUUUGGACCAUUGGAUCAAUGAACUCAGAUAUGCCGAACUUAAAAUAUAAAUGCUGGACUUCAUUUUGUGGCUAUUCUAAAGGAGCUAUUGCUGAGACCUGGCCCCAGUCCAAUAUACAUCUUUACCAUUGAUUCUACUUCGAUAGCUGUUAACUUAUUAGUAGGUUCAAAUUUAUCUAAAGGAUAUAGAAUUGUAGAUUUUGCAGACCAUAAUUUACGACUAUUUUCAUUUUACAGGUGUAAUUUAUGUUUCAUUAUCACAGGGUAAUAAAUUUAAGUUUAUUUUAUUGCAAAAGAA